AUGCCAGCCGAACCAUGCUCAGUAACGGCCUGCACCAACCCCGGCACUCUGACCUGUAGUAUCUGCGACCAACCCAAAACCCGCUACUGCAGCGCCGCCUGCCAAAAACAAGACUGGACAACCCACAAGCGCACCUGCGCCGGCGCCCAAAAGCACAACUGCUUUAUCAUCCGCACCACUGCCCCCAACGGAAGCACCAAUCCCGCCGAUCGUAUCGAACCAUUCCCCCUCAGCGCCUACGGCAACUGGAUCGUGGAAAUGAAAGAGCUGCAGCAACGACUUGGCUGGCCGCACGCCGACGAGGCUGGUAAAUUCUACUCACACCAGGCAAAGGACAAUCACUGGUAUUACUACAUGUAUGCGUCUUCGGCGCCGGGUCUGCCUGUGAAUGAUAUUGCUACUCGCUGCCGUCACCACGCUAGGGAGGUUCGUGGGGAUGUUGCCGUUGUCAGGUCUGGUCCUGAGGGAUUUGCUUCGUAUGAAGAGACCUUUUGUAGGAUGGAGCUUCUGAAGACGGUCAACUAUUACAACACUGCUAAUUCGAGUGAGGUGUUUGGUCAGAGGGAGAGGAGUCGGUUUGGGGAGCGGUCUGGGUUCCCGCCGGGUUUCUUGGAUGCCCAUGGUCUGACUACUAUGCACUUUUCAUAA